AUGGGGGGCUGAGGAGGAGUAUCAAGUGGGCCCAGCUUUUCCGAAACGAGACACAGAGUCACGAGGCAGGGACGAAGCAGCCACAAUCGCUGGCCGCCAUGACCUCACAAUUCCACCACCUUUUUAUUUUAGAUUGAAUGCAUUUCCGUGAUUAAACUUUCUGCUUCCUCUUUCGAAGCUGCGUCUUCUCCAAUGCCGCCGAUUCUCCAUCUCUCCCUUUCGAUCUCUCUCUUCCUCGUUUUACUAACUGCCUCCACUAACGGAUUUUCUGAAGAGAAGAACCUUUUGCAUUCGGAAAUACUAAAGGAUGAGGCAGUGGCAAGACUUUUUGAGCUUGGAAAGGUGAGUGAUUCAGAAGAAUUUCUUGAGAGAACUUUCCAAUCUGCAGCUUCUUUAAGAGCAGGAACUCUUAUUAGGAGAUGGAUGGAGGAUGCAGGAUUGCAGACGUGGGUGGACCAAAUGGGGAAUGUGCAUGGUCGGCAUGAAGGGCUAAAUCCAAGAGAGAAAGCUCUGUUAAUCGGCUCUCAUUUGGAUACUGUUAUUGAUGCUGGAGUGUUCGACGGAGCGCUGGGAAUCAUUACCGCAUUGUCUGCAUUAAAAGUGUUGAAAAUCAGAGGAAUGCUUGGAAAUCUAAAACGGCCAGUGGAGGUUAUUGCGUUUAGUGAUGAGGAAGGAGUUAGGUUUCAGUCUACCUUCUUAGGAAGUGCAGCCAUUGCUGGUGUACUACCCGUUUCAACGCUGCAGGUGCACGAUAAAAGUGGUGUAACAGUGCAAGGCGCUUUGAGAAUGAACUCCAUUGAUAUCUCUGAGGAUAAUCUCUUGCAACUCAAAUACGACCCUGAAUCUGUAUACGGUUAUGUUGAGGUUCAUAUUGAACAGGGGCCUGUUCUUGAGAAUGCUGGCCUUCCUCUUGGUUUGGUGAAAGGCAUUGCAGGGCAGACACGGUUAAAGGUGACAGUGAAAGGUACACAAGGGCAUGCGGGCACAGUCCCUAUGAAAAUGAGACGAGAUCCUAUGGCCGGGGCUGCUGAGCUGAUUGUAUUGCUUGAGAGUCUCUGUAAUCAACCCGAGAGCUAUCUGUCCUACGAUGAUUCAACCUGUACUGUAGGAUCAGCAGCACAGUCGCUAGCAGGAUCUCUCGUUUGUACUGUAGGCGAAAUUUCAACCUGGCCAAGUGCAAGCAACGUGAUUCCUGGCCAGGUGACCUUCACGGUUGACAUACGCGCAAUGGAUGAUCUAGGAAGAGAAGCAAUUAUAUAUGAGUUUUCAAAUAGGAUUCACCAAAUAUGUGACAGGCGUUCAGUUCUGUGUCUCAUUGAGCGCAAGCAUGAUGCUGAUGCAGUGGCGUGCGACGCUGACCUGAGCUCGAAGCUCAAGUCUGCGGCUUAUGCUGCUGUUAGACGGUUGAGUGGUGACGAUCCAGACGACAUGCCAGUGUUGAUGAGCGGAGCAGGACAUGAUGCAAUGGCCAUGUCUCAUCUUACUAAGGUUGCGAUGUUAUUUGUACGUUGCCGCGGCGGCGUUAGUCAUUCACCGGCAGAGCAUGUAUUGAAUGAUGAUGUUUGGGCUGCUGGUAUGGCGCUCCUCUCAUUUCUCGAGACUCUUAUGUAAAUAUAUACUAUUAUUCAUGUAUUACAAUCCUUCAAAUGUGAUUAAAUUGUCAGUGGAAAUGGAAUGGUUAACGAUCA